AUGAAGGUUUCGAACAGGACCAUCACCUGGGUGGGACGACCGCUGCAGUUAGGCGAUGGCAGCGGUCGUCCCACCCAGUUUAAUUACAAUCUGUCGAGGGGUUAUUGCACCACAUGUGGAAAAUCCUAUUUAAAAAAAGGGGCUUUGAAAGUACAUGCAUUGAUACAUACGGGAGAGAGGCCAUAUAAGUGCACCACGUGUGGAAAAUCCUUUACACGCAAAGGGGAUUUGAAACAACAUGCAUUGAUUCAUACAGGUGAGAGAUCACAUAAUUGCACCACAUGUGGAAAAUACUUUGCACGUAAAGGGGAAUUGACACAACAUGCAUUGAUUCAUACAGGAGACAGAUCACAUAAUUCCACCACAUGUGGAAAAUCCUUUGCACACAAAGGGGAUUUGAAACGCCAUGCAUUGAUUCAUACAGGUGAGAGAUCACAUAAUUGCACCACAUGUGGAAAAUACUUUGCACACAAAAGAUAUUUGAAACAACAUGCAUUGAUUCAUACAGGAGACAGAUCACAUAAUUGCAACACAUGUGGAAAAUCCUUUGCACGCAAAAGCAAUAUGAGACAAAAUGCAUUGAUUCAUACAGGAGAGAGGCCAUAUAAGUGUACCACACGUGGAAAAUCCUUUUCACAAACAGGGACGUUAAAAAAACAUGCAUUAAUUCAUACAGGAGAUAGGCCAUAUAACUGUACCAGAUGUGGAAAAUCCUUUUCACAAAAAGGAAUUUUAAAACGACAUGCAUUGAUUCAUACAAGAGAGAGGCCAUAUAAGUGUACCACAUGUGGAAAAUCCUUUUCACACAAUGGGGAUUUGAAACAACAUGCAUUGAUUCAUACAGGAGAGGAAUCACAUAAUUGCAGUAGGCUUACAACAAGUGGAAAAUUUUAUUAAUCCUAGAGUAAGUUGAAGGAACAUUCAAGGGUUCAUACAGAAUAGACAAUGUAAGACCACAACAUGGGAUAAACCAAUGGGAUGUUAAAAAUUGAGAGUUAGGUUAGAUUAGCUUAGCCUAAUUUUAUAUAGAACUGUACAGUUAUAACUUUCUUUCUGUAGUGUGUCUUAAAAAUAUAUUUUUUACCAAGCACCACUGAUUACCACUCUAGUAUUUUUAUUCACUGUUAAAAUGGGAAAGCCGUACUUCCGUAAUCUACUAUCAUACGACUUCCAACAAUCUGUAGAACUGUAGUUACAGGCAAAACACAACAAUGUAGUAACAACAAAUAAUGUAACACAUCAAUAAUGUAAGUUAGGCCUUAUUAAUAUUUUUUUAUACUGUUGUUUUUAUAUUUCGGUCUAUUAUUAUUAUUUUUGUA